AUGUCUUGGGUUCGAGCCUUGCUGCCCCUGGCUGCCUUGUCGUUCAUCACUCAUGGCUAUCCUCAUCAUUCGGUCCGUGGGGGUAUUCCAGCAUUAUCAAAUGCCGACAGUUCAUUGACGUUCGUCUAUCAAAACAACUUGAACGCUUCAGACGACAACAACCACGUUGGUGCGAUUGUUCUAGAUGCUAUGACCGCAGAGAAUGGAGCAGCUGCUUGUGAAUCAUUGAGUGAAGCGCUAAUAACGCAAACAACUCUACAAAAUUACAGCUCUGACUUCUCCUUUGCACUUUCAUAUCUAUCUUACUCAAGUGCGACGCCGAAUAAGGGAUAUCACAUCGCGAAUGGCGUUGUGCAAGUCUCUGCUGGGGGUCAGUUGUCUGUAAGUGCCUCCUCUGGGGAUGGUACACAGCUUCCUGUGCUUUGCACACAAUCGGACACUGACAGCAAACCACCAAAUUCGACUGCGAAUGGUUCGAAUGGGGUAUCUAUUGCAGCCGCUGGAAAUAUUUAUCUAGGGUAUCGCAAUAAGAAGUCCUUCCGAUUUCUUGGCAUCAGAUAUGCGGAAACGCCGCAGCGUUUUGAAUAUUCUCAAAUAUACUCUGGCUCUGGAGAGACCGUCAACGCGACUGGUUAUGGAGAACAAUGCAUCCAAGGUAGCGGAGGCAGCGAGGACUGUCUAUUCCUCAAUAUUCAGACUCCGUAUAUACCAAAAGCCGGGUCAACAACAGGUCUCCGGCCUGUCUUAUUUUGGAUCCAUGGUGGAGGCUUCACAGGAGGCACUGGAGCGGAUGCUGGAACCGACGGUGGCAACCUGGCAGCUCGAGAAGAUAUCGUGGUCGUCGGGAUCAACUAUCGCCUAUCGACUUUGGGUUUCCUAGCCAUUCCCGGAACAGACAUCAAGGGCAACUUCGGCAUUGGGGAUCAAAUCGUUGCAUUGCAAUGGACUAUUCGUAACAUCGCCAACUUUGGGGGAGAUCCUGCCAGAAUUACCAUUAUGGGCGAAAGCGCAGGAGCAGGUUCGGUGCGAACUCUCCUGGGAAGUCCUCCAGCUAUAAAUCUGUUCCAAGGAGCAAUUGCGAUGUCGAAUCUUGGUGGUGGGCAGACCCUAGGUUUGGAUAGCAAUUAUGGUACAACAUACUCUUCUUAUUAUACCAUUAACGAGUCAUACACCGUGGCUGGGCCGCAGAUCCUUAACGCCUCGAACUGUACGCAAACUUAUUUGACUGAUCAAAUUGCAUGUCUGAAAGAAGUCAAUGCCACCGAUUUGGUGUCCCUCUCAACCGUCGCUCGGUAUGUGGUCCAAGAUGGGACGAUCGUCAACACUCCCCAACUCAAUGUUUUCAAUCAAAACGGCAGCACAGCACACGUUCCGGUCAUCUUUGGCGUCACCGAAAACGACGGAGCCUCCUUCUCCACAAUAUCGACAACACCGGUGCGGAAUCUCACUGAAGGCCUCAUGACCGGGCUUAGCAUCAAUGAAUCGUAUGCCGAAGCGAUCAUUGACUCUGGCCUUUUCCCUUUGUAUUCAACUGGGAAUCUGACUUUCGACUCCUUCAAUGUCUCUCAACGGGUCGCCACUGACACGACUUUCCGUUGCAUUGAUCAAGCGACCGUCUAUGCCGGCGCAACGACUGGCGUGUUCCCCGCAACAUAUUACUACCAAUUUGAACGCACUAUCAACGGCUACAAUCCCGAGAACGUCCCCGGUGCUCCUGUCACGCCGGGCUAUCCAUAUGGCAAUCCGAAUCUACCGUAUUUCAAGCUGCACGGCUCCGACCUAGAUUGGGCAUUUGGGAAUUUCUACAACCCACUUCGCGAUGCGAAUGAUCUGUACUCGGUGCAACUGGUCAGCGGGUACUUUGCUGAAUUUGUGAAAUCAGGACAACCAAAUCCAGAUCCUGAGUACUUGAGGGUGAGAGGCUAUCAGAAGACUCUGAACGGUGUGCAAGAGGCUGGCACAUGGGAGAAGGUUGCAAAUGAGGACGGACCGAUUAUGUUUCUGGACUAUCCGGCUAAAUCAGGCGGAUUUGUCGAUGUGGAGCAGUGCAGUUGGCUGAACUAUAGUAUUGGCUACUACCUUGGGCAGACAUGA